AUGGGGAAAGGCACCGACAAGCUCUAUAUCACCCAUUCCGAAUGGUCCUCGUCAGAUGCCUACUCCGCCAGCGUAGGAGCCGGCGCCUCCCGCUCCGCACAACAAGUCCCCUUCCGCCGACUCCCCUUCAACUUCUGCGCCGCCAGUCUCCAGCCCUUCAAGAACCCCGUCUGCACCCCCGACGGCACCGUCUUCGACGUCGAAGUCAUCAGCGCCUGGCUCGAGAAGCAUCCCAACCAGAACCCCGUCAAUGCUGAACCCCUGCAGAAGAAGGACCUGAUCCGCCUCAACUUUGCCAGGAAUGCAGAGGCAGACUCCCUCGGCGCCGGCCUGAGCGACGGCAAAGGCGACCUAAUCGAUCCCGUCACCUACAAGGUCUUCACCGAUAACACGCACAUCGUCGCCAUCCGACACGGCAACUAUGCUAAUGUAUUCGCCUGGGACACCGUCGAGCGCAUGAAUAUCAAGGCCAAGUCGUGGCAGGAUCUUGUCGACGACCAGCCAUUUACGCGCGCCGACAUCAUCACCCUUCAGGAUCCCCAGAACAUGGCGAGCCGGAAUCUAGACCAGUUCAAGUACCUACAAGAUGGCGAACAGGCUCAAUUGACAAGGGAGCAGCAGGAGGAGCGCAAGGCCGGAAACAUCAACGCCGGUGCGUUAGGCAGCAUGGGCGACAAGGUGCUCAAGGCCAAAGCCGCGGUGGAAAGGGCGCGCAAGGCGAGAGAAGCCGGCGGCGACGUCAACAAGAGCUCGGGCGCGCUGGAAAAGUCGAAGCAGUCAGGCUCUGCCGCUGCUGUUCGGCAACCCAUGAUUCAGGACAGAAAGAUUGCCGCAAACGCCGCCGCAUACACCACUGGCAAGGCCGCCGCCAGCUUCACCAGCACUGGCUUGACCCCCGAAACAAGCGGCGAAAGAGCGCUCCUCACAGACGAGGAGUUUAUGCUCAAGCCGAAACGCGUCAAGGCCAAGGGCUACGCCAGGAUAGAGACCAACCUGGGCAACCUCACCAUCGAGCUGCAGACCGAGACGGCGCCCAAGGCGGUAUGGAAUUUCAUCAGGCUCGCGCAGACGGGCUACUACAAGGGCGUGGCAUUUCAUCGAAACAUUCCCAACUUCAUGAUCCAGGGCGGCGAUCCCACUGGUACCGGCAAGGGGGGUACGAGUAUCUGGGGCAAGAAUUUUAACGACGAGUUUGAUGGCCCGCUGACACAUGAUUCGCGCGGCAUUGUCUCCAUGGCCAACAAGGGCAAAAACACAAACUCGAGCCAGUUCUUCAUCACCUAUAAAGCAACCCCCCACCUGGACCGCAAACACACAAUCUUCGGCCGCAUCGAGUCCGGCCUCGACGUCCUCGCCAAGAUGGAAGACGUCCCCACCGACGGCUCCAACCGCCCCCUCAACAAGAUCGUCAUCAAGGACAUUGUCGUCUUCGUCGACCCCUUUGAGGAGUUCCAGGCCCAGAAGAAGGAAAAGGAGCAGCUCGACCGGCAGCAGGAGGAGAUUCGGCUGCAAGGCGGCACCGAGGACGACAAGACAACAUGGACAGGCAAACGGCUGCGUGGCGACGGCACGUUUGCCAAGCCGGAUGCGAAGCAGAGCAUCGGCAAGUACCUCGACGCGAGCGCAAUGGAUCAAGGAUCAAGUAGCAGAAGAAAAGGCACAGACGACACAGACGACGUGGACACAUGGGAAACACAACCGCGGAAGAAGAUGAAAGCAGGCGGGUUUGGUAACUUUGACAGCUGGUAA